AUGGGUAUGGCUAUGGAGAUAGAUCCUACUACCUGUUCUGAUGACCUUCUUUACUGCUUUGACAAGAACACAGACUCAAUUGUCAAAACAGGCACACGGCUGGCCUCUGGAGCUAGUGCUUUAGCCGAUCCAAAUUCACCUUCCCAAUGCAAAGUUCUUGGUGUCACUGAAGUAGUUCCGGCUGUACCCGGACUAGCACAAGAAAUCAAACGAACUAUUCCCGUCUCGGCCGUAACUAGUAACUCACUACCCUCCAGUUCAACCUACGCCAAUUACUCCACUUCCUACUCCACUCCCAAUACUAACUCCACUUCUUAUUCCACUCCCAAUUACUCCACUUAUUCUACACCUUCUUCCGCAUAUUCCAAUUAUAGCUACCCAUCUACCUACUCUAGCUACUCUACUCCGACCUACGCCUCCGGCUACAGCAGUCUAGGGUCUGCCAAUCCUAAAGUCAGCGUUACUCCAGAUAAAGUCUGUGUUGACCGUCCCAAACAAAGAUACGUUAAUGUCCAGUGCUGCCAACAACAAAGCUACCCAGUCGCUACCCCUCCCGAUUCAGAUCCAUGUAUAUGCGAGCCAGGUGCCUACCCCGUAUCUUUUGGUACUGCCAACCCCAAUAACUCACCUUUCUCUUCCUCCAACUACUCCAGCAUUCUCAUUGCCGACAUCAACAACAUCAUGCGAGUCAAGCAACUCCUCUAA